AUGACUGAGAGUCAGAGGAUGCCUGCCUACCCUCGUGGUGGGAUCUUUACGAGCCUCAGAAAUUGGCUCAAAUCACGUGCCUUGCUUCCUGGUGGGUCAGAAGCGACACGAUUGGCGAUAACCCUGUUGGCCAGGAUUGGCAAGCACGCCGCCUGGGGUCGGAUCGAGUCGUCGUCGGCGUUCCUACUAGGUUGGAAACGUCUUCGAUGGGGUGCAUUGUUGUUACUAGUAUUCAGUCGAAUCGAAUAACGCCCUGUUGUUCUUAUUGGAGCAGCAAUACCAUCCCCAUCGCCAUCGCCAUCGCCAUUGCUAUCGUCGUCGCCAUCGUUAUAAUCGUCGCCAUGGUCGACACUGCAGAGCGUCGCAUCAUCGCAUCGUCGCAUCGUUGCAGCGUCGCAGCAUCGCAAAGUCGCCGUCCCAAUCGCACAGCUUCUUCUUCUCACGAGACACCCGACUCAACUUAAUCUCCACCACCAUCAUCAGCAGCAGCAAGAUCAUUUGGUGCAGCCGCGGGGGCGUUUGAAUCCUGUCAUGAGUUUGGAGUUGUCUGAACAAGAUCAGUCGGCUUUGAGACGUCUCUAGACAAAGAACAGCCGCCGGCUUCAAACAACUAGGUCUUCAUCGUUAGCAUCGUCGUCAGAAUCGUCAGCAUCGUCAUCGGCAUGGUCAUCCGCAUCGUCAGCAUCCUAUGAUGGCGCGCCGGGGCUUUUGACUCCUCUGAGUUUGAAGUUGUCUGAAAUACGAGAUCCGGUUUCAAGCUGAACCUCAAGUCGUUAUCGUUAUCGUUAUCGUCAUCGUCAUCAUGGUGCGGGGUGUGUCCCGUGCGGCCUCUACAGCGGCCUCGGGGCGGCAAGCCACCGUCGCGGCAUCAUGCAUCAGCAUCCUUCCGCUAAUCCGCGCCGGCCACGUGUCCUCCGUCUGGCACGACAUCCUCCUCAUUCCCCCACCCCACGUUCCGCCGACUUCCCAUUCCCCCGCCGACUCCCUCUCCGCGCGCCGGCACCAUCGCCGCUCGGCGGAAGGCCGCCAUCCGCAGCCUCCGCCAGCCGCGCUCCCCUCCUCCGCCUUCACGUUUGUCUGCCGCUCCGCCAAGUCCCGCUCCGCCCCCCGUUCCGCCGAUUCCCGCUCCGCCUUCUGUUCCGCCGAGUCCUCCUCCGCCGAGCGCGGCGGGAGGCGGCGGAAGGACGAUGAUCUUCUCCGGGAGACGUUCCGCGAGUCGCGGAAGAUUUUAGCGCUGGACGGCAGUCUUAAAGUGCAGGCCGACGCGCCGCCAGAUACUUCAUCAGAACCGAACUCCGAGUCUAACUCCGAGUCGCUUCUCCCAGCGCCGUGGAACGUGGGUAUUUUGCCGCAGACGUGCGUCCUCGCGCCGCGAUCCAUGUCGAUGUUCUUCCGCUGGGGUGUUGAUGGGGACCCUGCUGACUCAGCGAGAGAUCGCCAUGAUACCAGCUGUGAUGCCGGUGAUGAUGAUUUGGAGGAGGGCAAAGAAUCUGUUAAGGAGUUGAAGGAUUCGUUAUUAACGGCGUGCGAUAACUCGCCGCUUGAAGCGCUAGAGAUUGGGUCGCAUGUGCGGGAGCCUGGCGACGUGUACGACGUUUUGCCGCUGCUGGCGAUGCCUCUGCGACUGCAGGGGGCGGGGCGAAACAGCAUGCCGAUUUCGUGGAGGAUUGUAACCAUCGCGGCGGACGACGAGCUGGUGACGAGCGGGCAGCUGAAGCAUUUGGGCGCGAAAUUGUUGGAUCUAGUGCGCGAUUGGGCAAAGAAGGCAGAGUUUUAUGGCGAAAUCACUGGACCAGGUCGGUCUCUCCAAUCCAACAACAUGUUUGCCUCUCCUUCAGUGGCCGAGGGAGAGAUAGAGCCCACGAAAACGUUGGACGGAGAGCGGGAUUCCAGGGGGGGUCGGGGGAAGGAGGAAGGGGAGAAGCAAACCGAGAAGCAGACGAUCUGGUACGCUAAUAGCACGUGGAGGGACGGCGAGGAGGAGGAGGAGGAGCGGGAGGAAGCAGCAAAGCGAGCAGCGGAGCAGGCGGCGAGGAAAGCGGCGGAGGAGGCGGAGCGGACCAUUCGGUACGCGCACAGCACGUGGAAGAUCCUCUGCCACACGCUGCGCCGGCCCGUGCUGCGCCGCCUAGCGGGGCACGACAAGCACCUGGACGCGCCCUUCAGCAGUGGGCAGAGGAGGGGGCAGGUGACUUCAUUGGAGGGUGAAGACAGCGAGACACGAGAGCAGGAGGAGUGGGAGAAUGAGCAGGAGCAGGAGGAGGAGGAGGAGCAGAAGGAGGAGGAGGAGGUGGAGGAAGAGGAGGAAGAGGAGGAGAAACAGGAGGAGAAGCAGGAGCGGGGGAAAAGAGGCGCUGGGCGCAAGGGCCUGCCUGCCGCUCGUCUCUCUUUCUCCGCCAAUCCUUUGAGCCCCUCAGCGCUGCGCAUCCUGCCCCGGAGACCGUCCAGUGCUCUCCCCCCUUCCCAGUCGGCUCGAGAGGACGUGCACGAGCUGACCCCUAGGCGGUCUCCUUGUGAGUCAACUCAGAAACAGUGGGCGGGGCUAGAGCCCAGAGACCAGGCGCUAGAGGUGAGUGAGAAGGGCGUGCAGCUGACGCCAAGGCAGUCGCAACGGGCAGCAGGCAGCCGACUCCAAGGUGCUCCAAGGAGGAGAAGUUGUGAAUGGUCGCGAGAGGUGGAGCGAGAGCAAGAGCGGAGUGAGAAGCGCGAGCAUCUGACACCAAGGCAGGCUUUCGAGGCCGCUAGAAAGCAGUGGGCUCGAGACCAGACGCUAGAGGCCAGUGAGAAGGGCGAGCAGCUGACCCCAAGGCAGUCGCAAAGUCAGCGCCGAAAGGAGCCCCAGAAGCAGCACCGGAAGCUCCACCAUCCGUCGAUGCGGAUCCAUCCAACGAAAUCGACGGCUGAUCUCUCUCCUGCCGCCAAUUCUCUAGAUCUCGCCACCACCAGAUCCAUCGAUUUUGCCGCCACCAAAUCUCUGGAUCUCUCCACCAGAUCUUUGGACCUCGCCACCUCCAGCGCCUUUAGGCUCAUCGCCCCUCCGGAGAGCUACGGCCUUCCGGGGCUGCUUUCCCCCAGGGUGGGAAGGGGCAGGGGAGGAGGGAGAGGAGGAGAGGGGGAGGCAGGUGCGUGGGGAAGGGAGGGCGUCGCGCAUGGGCACCGGCACAGUUGCACGGACCUUUCCUCACUGGAGGAGAGACAGGAGUGGCUGCACAGUCCGAAUUCCCCUGGUCUGGGGAUUCUCUCUGCUGCGAGAGAUGCGGUCGAGAAUGCCAAGGACGUGGCUGACAAGGUGAAAGUUGCUGCUGCUAAGCGGAUUGCUGUAGCGGGGACUGUAGCAGGGGCUGUCGCGGGGACUGUAGCGGGGACGGCGGGGACUGUGGCUGGCACUGUAGCAGGGGCAGCAGGGACUGUGGCGGGCACUGUAGCAGGAGCAGCAGGAGUGGUGGUGGGGAAAGUGACGGGAGCGGCAGGCUUGGUAGGAGGUUCGGUGACCGAGGCUGCUGGUAAGGUGGCUGGGGCCGCAGGUACAGUAGCAGGUACCGUAGCCGGGGCCGCAGGCUCGGUAGCCGGUACGGUGGCCGGUACGGUAGCGGGGGCGGCUGCGGAAAUAGCGCAUAUACCUAGGGAUGCGGUGGGGGUGGUAUCUCGCAGGGUGAGAGACAUAGGUGCCGGCGGCAAGGCCAUGAGUGCGCGAGUGCGGCGCGGGGCAGAGGCUCGACUUGAGGCGGCUCAAAGCUCGGUGAAGACCAUGAGUGCGAGAGUACAGAGGGGAGCUGAGGCGAGCUUUGGGGCGGCUCAGCAUGUGGUGGAGGGGCGGCUGGGGGCGGCUCGGCACGCCAGGGAGGAGGGGUUGGGAGAGAGGUUCGGGGCGUCUCAACGCGCUGUGGAGGGCGGAAGUAAAACCUUUGCGAUGAGUCGAACAUUGGGUGAAGAUGCUGUGGAGAGAGAGGGUAUGCGGGUGUUGAGUGGGGCAGGGGCGCAUGACGAAGCGGAUGAGGAGGCUUAUUUUGAGGUGCUCGAAGACUCGUAUGAUGCGUCGUAUGAGGAGGAGGCAAAUGUCGAGGAGCUCGAUGUUUCGCCUGACAACGCUGUUAGGAGCAGGAGUAUGGGAGAGCCGAGAAAGGCAGGGCCGCAUUUUGAUCCGCUCGAUGAAUGGCCUGAGAACGCUGUUAAGAGCAAGAGUAUGGGAGAACGGAUAGGGGCAGAGGCUCAGCCUGAGGCGGUUCAACGCUUCGUUAAGAAAAAGCGCGAGAAGGCAAGGAGAGGGGCCGAGGCUCCAGCUGCUGCUGCUGCUGCUUCUGGAAGUGAGAGGGGAAGUGAAAGGGGAAGGCUCUUGGAAGGGUUUCGGCACAAGGCUUUGGGAUUGGAGAGUGAGGCACGAGGGGGUGAGAGAGAGGGUGCCUUUGAGUCCGCUCUUGGGGCUGGUGAUAGUGGAAGGAAAGAUGGAAGGGGAGGAGGAGGAAGGGGAGGAGGUGACGCUGGGGAACGGAGUGGGUUAUGGGCUGAAUCCCCCACUGUAAGCACAAAAGGCCUGAGAGGAGAAUCCCCCACUGCAAGCACAAAACGCUUGAGAGGAGAAUCCUCCACUGUAAGCACAGUGAGCCCCCCUCUCUCCCCUUCUUCCGUCUCUCCUCCUCUCACUCCACCACUCCAGUCCCCUCCUCUCCUCCCCUCUCAAUCUUCCACCCUCUCGUCAACCUCCUCCUCGCUGGGAUUCGGUUUUGAGAAUUCUGAGAGCCGAAUCCCAGCGAGCGCGCACACCCUCUCCUCCACCACCUCCUCCAGUGCGUUCUCCGACCGUCCGAGUUGUGAGACGACUCGAAACUCGGUGUUGGGAGCCAGUUUCGAGAAUUCUGAGAGGCGAAUCCCGGCGCACUCCGACCGCCCAGCUGCCUCCUCUCCUGCAGCCGCUGUCAAGAGAGUCUCCUGCGGCAAGAUGGCUUUUGAGUCGAGUCAGAAGUCAUCUAGUGCGCGCUCCGACUGUGCGGCUGCCUCCUCCCCUGCAGGGGCUGCCAAGAGUGUCUUUUGGAGCGGAAAGCUCAAGCCUCCUGCUACAGAAGCAGCAGCAGGAGGAGGAGGGGGAGGAGGCGGAGCAGGAGCAGAAGUGGGAGCAGCCGGAGCAGCAGGAGCAGGGAUAGCAGGAGUAGCAGCAGAAGCAGCAGCAGGAGCAGGAGGAGCAGUAGGAGCUGCAGCGGCAGCAGUUUCGGGAACGGGAGGAGUAGCCGCAUCAGCAGCAAGAGGAGGAAAAGCAGCAGCAGCAGGAGUAAACGCAGCAGGAGUAAGAAGGGGAGUAGCAGUGGGUGGUGUACCAACAAGGAGUGCAUCUCAGGAUGAUAUUACUGCAGCAACGACCGGCGAAGAUGAUACUGCCGCAACCACGGGCGAAGUUGAUACUGCUGCCCCUGCUGUGGAUAGGGCAGCCGGAGACAUGUACGGGACAAUUGCUGCUCCUGCUGCGGCCGUGGCUGCUGUUGAAAGGCCUGUGGAACCCAAGUGUUGGACAACUGCUGCUGCUGCUGAAACUGUUGUUGAUGAGGUUACAGACCGCAACUGUGGAGCUGCUGUUGUUGAAGGGGCAGCCGAGUGCAGUCAUGGGGCGAAUGCUGCUGAUGCUGCUGUUGUCAGUCAGGCAUCAACAGCAUCUGCUGGCCUGGCUCAGUCUUCUUCCAAGCCUUCCUGGAAGCUUCCGUCCUUGGGGCCCUUUGUAACAUGCUUCACUUUCGACGAGAAGCCGAGGCGGAAUUCUUCCCUGACCGAGCUUGCAGAUGAUUCGUCAGGAGAUUCUUCGGGCAGUCUGGAAAGAGGCUUUCCGAGGAGCGAGUCCGAAGGAAAGCAUGGUGGUGGAAAGCUGUUUGGACCGUCUGCUGUGAUUAUGAAAGGCAGCAAGCACAAGCGAGGGUCGAGAAGCAGCAGGGGAUUUGGAACCAGGGACCAGUCCCUUGCUUAGAUGGCCCAGGUUUUGGUUCGGUGUAUCUGGCAUGUCUUAGAGUAUGAAUAUGGGCGGUGUAUCAAAUCGGAGGGGGGAUGUAAUAUGAGAGGGCCAGUGAUAGGAGGGACCAUGUUGUCAAACAUAUUAUGUAUAUGUAUUAUAAGCUUGAUAGGUGUGUACUCUUAGAGGGUACAACCCCUUAGA